GAAUACAGAGUGAUAUGGGCAACCUCAGACAGGUGGAGGAGACGUCCUUAAGCAGCUGAACCGCACCGUGGUUGGACUUGGGGACUGGGCUGGGCUGCGGGACGAGCGGCGGUGGACGCUGUGCACGCUCGGUGCGCGGAUCCUCCUGCGGCUGCUGGAUUCACAAUAUGAUACCAAACCCAAAACAUGCGUUGGCUUGGCUGAUUCUCCCCAUCCUGCGCCUCCUCACACAUGCUGGACACUUAAACGUGAACGCGGGGAGGACGAGGGAUAGUAGUUGCGAUGGAUAAAUGAGGAAUACGCAUGGACAUUAUUUUUCCCCCUGAGAAUAAUUGUUUAUAAUAACCAUCGCUCGCCUGUUUUGGCAAUGGAGAACCAAGCAGCCGAGCCGCAGAACUAUGAAGAUGUACAGAAAAGCGGGUAUCUCCGCAAGCAUAAAUCAAUGCACCGGCGAUUUUUCGUGCUGAGGGCGGCCUCGGAGCAUGGUCCCGCUCGACUUGAGUACUACGAGAACGAGAAGAAAUUCCGCAGUAAAUCACCUGUGCCCAAAAAAGUCCUGAACCUGGAGACUUGCUUCAACAUAAACAAGCGGGCAGAUUCCAAGAACAAGCACAUGAUAGUGCUUUAUACCCGCAGCGAGAGCUUUGCCAUCGCUGCAGACAGCGAGGAGGUCCAAAAUGAGUGGUACCAAGCAAUGCUGGACCUCCAGGGCAACUGUAAAACCCCUGAAGACUAUGGAAGCAGUGGAGAGUGUAGCUCUCCAUCUCCUGUUCCAACCUUCAAGGAAGUGUGGCAGGUCAAGGUUUGGCCUAAAGGUCUUGGACAUGCCAGGAAUUUAGUAGGCAUCUACCGGCUGUGCCUAACUGACAAGACAGUCAACUUUGUCAAGCUCAACUCUGAUGUGGCCUCUGUAGUGUUGCAGCUGAUGAAUGUCCGAAGAUGUGGUCAUUCAGAGAAUUUUUUCUUCAUUGAGGUGGGGCGCUCAGCUAUUACUGGCCCCGGAGAGUUUUGGAUGCAGGUGGAUGACUCUGUGGUGGCUCAGAAUAUGCACGAGACCCUGCUGGAGGCCAUGAAGGCCCUUAGUGAGGAGUUUCGUCAGCGCAGUAAAUCUCAGUCUGUGGGAACAUCAUGUGGAGGUGGUACUGCUUCAAAUCCCAUCAGUGUCCCGAGCCGUCGUCAUCACCCAAAUCUGCCACCGAGCCAGGUGGGCUUCUCGAGACGGGCACGCACGGAGACCCCCGGAACAGGAGGCAGCAGCACGAGCACAUCACCUACAUCGCGCCACGGGUUUCCAAGGGCGCGAACAGCCAGCAUCGGAGCCAGGUCGGAGGAGAGUGGAGCAAGUGCCAAAGGGACGUGGGCCAGCUCCAGCCCAAGUCUCAAUGGAUCCUGCUCAACUACCCCAACUCUGAGACCCAAGCCCACCCGGGCCCCAACCCCUGCUAAGAUUACCCUCAGCCUUGCACGUUACACACCUAACCCUGCUCCUUCCCCUGCGCCGAGUCUGUCCUCCAGCUCUGGUCAUGGCUCAGAGUGUGGACUAGUGGGGGCAGCGGUGGGAGGCAUGACGAUCUGCUCCUACCCUCGUGUAUCACAAAGAGUUUCUGUUUCAGGUUCACCGAGCGACUAUGGAUCCUCAGAUGAGUACGGCUCCAGUCCCGGCGAGCACUCUCUGCUCCUACCAAGCCUGUCAGGACAUCACGUACAUGGAGAAGGCUCCUCUAGCUAUAUCGUCAUGGGACAGCGAGAGAGUCUGCUUGGUUCCCAUCAUCGCUCCAAAGGCAGACGGAUACUGCGGCGUUCAUCCAGUCGUGAAUCAGAGGCAGAACGCAGACUGCUCAGUAAGAGGGCUUCCCUGCCUGUGGCGUCCCACGAGCGGCUGACUCCACAUAGAAAAGAUGAAGAUGAUGAGGACGACAAAGAAUACGCCAUCAUGUCGCAGAGCGCUAACACACAGCGAGCUGAUUUGCACCAUGAUUCAGGCAGACUGAGAGUUGGGGGUGGGCAACUUGUAGGGGAGAAUAGGAAGAGGUCUGACAAAAGCGGGGAAGAAGUGGACAGAGGCGCAGCUGUGGAUAGUGGCUAUAUGUCAAUGUUGCCUGGAGUGACAUCUCCUCCUGUUUCACUUUCUCUCUCAAUAGGUAUUUCUGACUCCGGUACUAAACCCGGGGCAGAUGACGAAUACAUGGCCAUGACCCCCAACAACAGCGUGUCCCCCCCUCAGCAUAUCCGCCAGCCCAGUUCAGAGGGCUACAUGGUCAUGUCUCCCAAUAGCAGCAGCUCCACAGACCUGCAUGGACUAGGCAUGUGGGAUAGCAGGGGCAACAUGGAGAGCCGGGCUGCCAGUGACUACAUGAACAUCUCACCUGUCAGCAGCCGCUCUGCUUGCAGCACACCGCCUUCCCAUCCUGAACAGCACCAACUUCAACCAAAAAUGUUCAACUCCUACUUCUCACUGCCACGAGCUUAUCAACACACUCUCUAUACUCGCUUUGAGGAUGACUUGAACAAAGGAGAAGGAAAAAAAGAUGGCAGUGGGCACGAUAGUGCUGGACGGGGAGGAGGAGUUGGAUAUAGCAAGAGAAACAAAAUUGCAAUGGGCGCUGCUGGAAGCUGCCAACUUUCCAUGUCUUCCUCUUCUUUCUCCUCUAGCUCUGCCAGUAGUGAAAGCCUCGAAGACAAGUCCAUAUCAGCGGGGAGAGGGUUAAGUUUAUUAAGAACCGGAGCAGAAUACAAGAGUGCAGGAACAAGCACGAAAGAUGGGCGUCACCACCAAAAACGUGCAUCGAGCAGUAAGAGUCCAAAGCAACAAAGGCGGGGUCGUCCCCUCAGCGUGUCUUCAGACAUUACUAAAGCAAACACGCUGCCCAGGGUUAAAGAGAAUCUGCCGCCAUCAGUGUCUCAGAAUGUUGGUGAGUAUGUCAGUAUUGUCUUCAAGGAAGACAGUAAAUAUGGCGAAGGACGAUGUGCAGGUUCCGAACGUCCUGUGAUCCAUGGAACGCUCCGCCCCGUCAAUCAACCGCUCCUCUGCCAUGAUAAUCCUGCUAACCUUCCCCGCAGCUUCUCUGCACCAUUGUCCACCUCUGCUGAGUACGUCAGCAUGGAUUUAGGGAAAUCCUCAACACCAGUGACUCAUGUUAGAUCCACAUUCAGCACCCAACAGGGCCCACCAGCUGUUGCCCCCAAGGCCCGACACGAGCACGGCACGUCCUCUCCUCUGGCCGCAGAGGGCAACGUGGGCUACAGAACAAAAAUAAAGACAGCAGCAGCGCUGACAGAAGUCCCGCCUCCAUUUACGGAGAGCAAAGCCUCAGAUCCCAGCACUUCAGCACGACCUGCCAUCCACUCUGGUCAACCCUUGCCUGUGGAGCAGGAGACAGGUUUGGGCUUUUCCCCAGUCAAGUCCUUCCAGUCUCCGGAGCGGAGCAGCAGACUGGUCCGAGGUGACCAGCAGGGACGCCUAAGCCACUGCCCAGAGACAUUUAAUUCACCUCCCUCACUACCACGCCACGCAUCCUCUUCUACCUCCCUCUUCCCAGAGGGCAGCCAGGCAGUGGGCCAUCGGCAUGGUUUGGACUGCUCACUGUGGGAGAGCGGGCAGGCUGCUAGUAUGUCUGCCACACCUCCACCUCAAGCCUCCACCUCAUCUGGAGAACAAGGCCUUAAUUAUAUUGACCUUGACUUGGCCAUUAAGGAGAGCCCUCAAGCUGGAGUGGAGCACACCUCUUCUGCCUACAACAUGGGAGGAAGCGCUAUGGGUAGCAGUGCUGGCUCCAGCCUCAACACUUAUGCCAGUAUUGAUUUCUAUAAAUCAGAAGAAUUGAGAGCACACCAGAACAGUAGAAAAGAUGGUCAAGACUGUUGAUCUCCAUCUUCGUCUUGGAUCUCAGAGUGACAGUCCGUCAGGGGACGGGUGGCAGCCCGAUCUGUUGCCACAACAGAACUGUACACUGGAGUCUGAACACUGAAACCCUGGAAAACUCAUCCCCAUCCCGUCUGCUGUUUUCUGUCAACCAAACGUGUGCCAAACACACCACACACACA